AUGCGCUUCUCAACGGUUAUCAUGGCGCUCGGUGCGCUUUUCGUGGGCGCGAAGGCUCAGGCUGAUGUGGCCUCCGAUAUUCAGCACUCGGUUCUCAUGGCUCUCGCCCAUGCCCUGCCCACAGAAAGCGUAUCCCUCGCCCUAGCCUCCCCUAACGCCUUCGCCUCCGAGGUGGCCUCGUGCAUCGCGGCUGGCAACACACCAGACUGGUACAAGGCGCUUCCUACCAGUGUUCAGACCCUCUUGCCUCAAGCCUACCCGCCCGUAGUCACGGCUACUCCUACGCCCACGGCCUCUCCCUCGUCUAGCGCCUAUGUUGUCAAGAGCAGCAGCGUUGUCGAGACGUCGACCAUUGUCACGCCAUACCCGACUGCAGGCAUGAACAGCACCACGGCCAAACCUAACAUGAUUGCUACUGGAAGCCCCAGCGUCAUUGUGACACUGAGCCCUACCUCCAGCGGCACUCCAACCACCCCCAAUAGCCCCAACUUCACCGGCGCAGCUUCUAAGCUCUCCAUGGGCGCAGGUUUUGGUGCUGCCAUUGCUAUCAUAGGUCUGCUUGCUUUCUAA